GUCGUAAUGAACGAAAACAAUCAUAGCCCAGUCGAUUUUGAUGGAAUGUUAGGUGAUCAGAGCAUUUCAUAUUAUCAAAAAAAAUACAUAUGCCAUCACUUUCUCCCGCUGCUGCUAUGCAUUGAAGGCCGAAGGCACUGCCACAAUGUGGCGACGCAAGGCUGA